UGCCUCUCUGUCCUCCUUAUAAACCAACCCCUCAAAAAUCUCAUCUUCAAAUCCACACCCUCUCAAAUCCAAUCCUUUCUCUCCUUUAUCUUAACCCAAAAUCUUCUCUUCUCUAUAUAUAUAAAAGGCUCUCGUUUUCAAACACUCACUCUCAGUUUUCCCUCCCAUUUUCAUAUGUUUAUAUAUAAUGGUUUAAAAUUCCCAAUUUUUUCCGUUUAAAAAAGUGUUGAAUUUGCUUAGAUCUGAAUGAACCCGAUCUGAUCUGUUUUUGUAGCGUGUGUUUUCUUUCACUCCUUUCAAAAAUCGUGGAUUAUAUAUCUUUUAACGGGUUGAAUUUGGUUAGAUUUAACUUUUUAAAAAGAAAAACCUAAUUUUUGGUCCACGGGUUGAUUAGAUUUGACAAAUUCCUUUGGGUUGAUUUGGAAUUGUGUUUAGAAGAAAAUCCAGAGCUUUUUUGGGAAAUAUUGGGGUUUUUUUUACAGAAUUUAAGGUGAGCUACAAAGAAGAGAAUGGCGGAACAAGGUGGCGUAGAAGGGAGCCAACCAGUGGAUCUUUCUAAGCAUCCAUCUGGCAUUGUUCCCACUCUUCAGAACAUUGUAUCAACUGUAAACUUAGACUGCAAGUUGGAUCUUAAACAGAUUGCUCUGCAAGCUCGAAAUGCAGAGUACAAUCCAAAGCGUUUUGCUGCAGUCAUUAUGAGAAUCAGGGAGCCCAAAACUACAGCUUUGAUCUUUGCCUCUGGAAAGAUGGUCUGCACUGGUGCUAAAAGUGAACAGCAGUCCAAACUGGCUGCAAGGAAGUAUGCCAGAAUCAUCCAAAAGCUUGGCUUUCCCGCCAAGUUUAAGGACUUCAAGAUUCAGAACAUUGUUGGUUCUUGUGAUGUUAAAUUUCCCAUCAGACUUGAAGGUCUUGCAUACUCCCAUGGUGCCUUUUCAAGUUAUGAACCAGAACUCUUUCCAGGCCUGAUCUAUCGAAUGAAACAACCAAAGAUUGUGCUUCUUAUUUUCGUGUCAGGGAAGAUUGUGAUCACUGGAGCUAAGGUGAGAGAUGAGACGUACACCGCCUUCGAAAACAUAUACCCUGUCCUUACAGAGUUCAGGAAAAACCAACAAUGAACGUUGCAGACAUCGCCUCAGUCUGAUCUUUAAAUCUGGUGGCAAAUAAUAAACCUUUGAACGGGACAUGGCUUUUCGGAUAGAAUUUGAUGGCAAAAUACAACCUUCUUCGACUCGGGUAUGGAUACCGCGUUUUCCCGUGCCAUGGUGUUCGGGAGUUAGAUUUCAAGUAUAAAUAUAUAGCGAACAAGGGAAUCCGGUCCGUGAGAUCGGCACCUAGCUUUUCGGUUGUGGUUUUCGUAUAGGGUUUUCGAUGUCGUCGAAGUCAGUAGGGUGCUCAAAUGCUAGAAAGUGCUGAGAACCUGUGAAUGGGAUCAGAUUCCUUAAGUUUUCUUCUUGUCAUGCAUGAAUCCCUAAACCCUAUUGUUUACCUAUUUGAAUAUUUGGGGUUCAUCCGACC